AUGCCGUUCUUCAGGGCAAAUCCUUACAGCGCACUCGUCAAUCCUUUGCUGACACCCCGGAUUGCUCUCCCUGAUGGUACCCCCAUCCUCUCAUCGAACCGCCGUGGCUCAUCUGAAUGGACUGUCACUGCUCGCUUAGAGAUCCUUCUCGCCGAUGGCGUUGUGAAGAAGUUCUUCCUCAAGAUAACCACCGAGGAAUCUGGCCGCAUUAUGAUGGAAGGCGAAUACAACUCCACGAAAUCACUCGAUGAGAUCUCACCAGAUUUCGUCCACAAGCCCCACACUUGGGGCAAGUUCCGGGGACGUACUUCUUUCUAUGCGACUCCAUUGACAUGA